CCGCCCCCCCUUUUACCCCACCUCUCUUUUUUAUUAUCUUCGCAUCUACUGGCUCUUUCUCCUCUGAUUUCUUUUUUUUUGUGUUCGAAAACUGCACACCCCCCUCCCUCCUUACACACACCCGCCCCGAUCUAUGUGGGAGCCCUGAAAGCUCACCCAGGGGGGAAAACUGUGUAUCAAAGCUCCGCGGAUCCCCCAGGCAGCCUCGGAUCACCGGGGCCAGAGAAGAACUCCCUGCCGGGCCCCCGAAGCCGACAUGCCGCGGAGGAAGCAGCAAGCGCCUCGGCGCGCCUCAGCAUACGUCCCUGAAGAUGAGAAGGAGGCAGCCCUGUUGGAUGAGGACCUGGAUGGCGACGACUCAGCCCAGGAAGGGGAGGAGCCUGCCACCAAGUUCCUGUGUCAAGACAAGGACUUCCUUCUCAAGGACAGACCAGGAUCCACUGGUUUCCAUGACUCCCCUAAUGCAGCAGACUUUUCUGGUCAGGAGCUGGACAGUGAGUCUCACCUGAGCGAAUCCAGUGACAGGAUGUCUGAUUUUGAGAGCUCCUCACUUAAAAAUGAGGAUGACGUCCUUCUCUUUAAAGACCCCUCAAAUGCCCUUUCACUGUCUUCAUCCUCUGCCAUGAUGGCUGCUGCCAACGCCACUAUCCCAGUAAGUGGAGAUGAGGCCAUAUUAGCCACCACAGGGUCUGUGGCUGACAGCCUGGAGAAGAUGAAGGCAAUUUACACCUCCUUCCUGACCAACUCCUAUUGGUCCACACUGAAUCUGAACCUGAGCCAGCCCCCUGCAGAAAAACCCCCUCGUAGUCACAGCAGCAGCAGUAGCAGCAGCAGUAGCAGUAGCUGUGGAAGUGGAGGCUAUGACUGGCACCAAACAGCUAUGGCUAAAACCCUCCAGCAGGCCUCGCAGAACCACCACAACCGACUAGGCAUGGUUCACCAUCCCACAGUGGCUGUAUCCACAGCAUCCACAGAACCCAACCUCUUUAGUACCGUCCAGCUGUAUCGGCAGAGCUCCAAGCUUUAUGGCUCCAUAUUCACUGGUGCCAGCAAGUUCCGCUGCAAGGACUGCAGUGCAGCUUAUGAUACGCUAGUGGAGCUGACAGUGCACAUGAAUGAGACAGGCCACUAUCGUGAUGAUAACCAUGAGACAGAUGGGGAGGGUGCUAAACGAUGGUCAAAACCCAGAAAGCGUUCCUUGCUAGAGAUGGAGGGGAAGGAGGAUGCACAGAAAGUUCUGAAGUGCAUGUACUGUGGGCACUCCUUUGAAUCCCUCCAGGACCUAAGUGUCCACAUGAUCAAGACGAAACACUACCAGAAAGUGCCUCUGAAAGAGCCCGUUACACCAGUGGCAGCUAAGAUUAUCUCCUCAGCUCGAAAAAGAGCCCCUAUUGACCUAGAUAUCCCCAGUUCACCUGACUCUAACGGAGGCACCACACCUAAGCCCACCUCCCUCAGUGACUCUAAUGACAUACUCCAGAAGGCCACCAACCCUUACAUCACACCCAACAACCGCUAUGGACACCAGAACGGUGCCAGCUAUGCCUGGCAGUUUGAAUCCAGGAAGUCACAGAUUCUCAAAUGCAUGGAGUGUGGCAGCUCUCAUGAUACACUGCAAGAGCUGACCGCUCACAUGAUGGUGACUGGACACUUUAUUAAAGUCACCAACUCGGCUAUUAAGAAAGGCAAACCCAUUAUAGAGUCGCCCACCCCAGCUCCCACCAUUAAUUCAACAAGUGAGGAAAAGGUUCAGUCAGUUCCUCUGGCUGCCACAACCUUCUCUCCUCCACCUGCCCCAGUGCCUCCUCCAGCCAGCAUCUCCCCCACUGCCAUGGUUGUGGAGAUAAAAAAGGAGGAGAAGGAGGAGGAAUGCACUAAGGAGUCCAUCAUCAACAAUGGCAACAAUGUCAACAAAGAGAAGAAGGCUGGAGGUGAGGAAGAGGCUGAGGAGAAAUUUGAUAUUUCUUCAAAAUACACUUAUCUGACUGAGGAUGAUCUGGAUGAGAGUCCUAAAGGGGGUCUAGACAUCCUUAAGUCCUUGGAGAACACAGUGACCUCAGCCAUCAACAAAGCCCAGAAUGGAGCUCCAAGCUGGGGUGGAUAUCCCAGUAUCCAUGCUGCCUACCAGCUCCCGAACAUAAUGAAGCUCUCUCUAGGAAACUCCGGGAAGAGCUCUCCCCUUAAAUACAUGUUCCCUGGAGGGGAGAUUCUCUCUCCCACUGGCAAGAGUCAGCCUUUGAUCUCCCCUCCAAGCCGCCAGAACUCUCCUCUCCCCAAGAACAACUUCCAUGCUAUGGAAGAACUGGUCAAAAAGGUGACAGAGAAAGUGGCGAAGGUAGAGGAAAAAAUGAGGGAGCCGAUUGGUGUUGUGAGGGCAUCUCCUCUGAGACGUACCACACCCUCACCCUGCAACAGUGAAGCAGGGGACUCAGCCAGAGGUGAGUCCCCCAAAGAAAGUAGAGCAGGAGGCUGUAAAACUCCUGAGAAUGCUGGUGGAGUGGAAAAAGUAGUAGGAGAUGGAAGUGGACCAAAUCACAGAGAUUCAAAUGGAGAUAUUACCAUAAAGGAGUCUGUGGAGAAUGGAGUAGAGUCCACUGCUGUGGCAUCCCCCCUGCCUGCGUCCCUGUGUGGCAGUACAGCCAUCAUCACAGACCAUCCACCUCCAGAGCAGCCAUUCGUCAAUCCUCUCAGUGCACUGCAGUCUGUAAUGAACGCCCACCUGGGAAAAGCCGCUAAGCCUGCCCUGCCCUCCCUUGACCCCAUGAGUAUGCUGUUUAAGAUGAGCAACAGCCUGGCAGAGAAAGCAGCAGUGGCUGCCUCCACCCCACCAGCACAGACCAAAAAGCCCAGCAACGACCACUUAGAUCGCUACUUCUACCAGCAACAUCUAAACAAUGAUCAACCCAUAGAUCUCACCAAAGGCAAGAAUGCUGACAAAAACAGCAGUAGUACUUCUUUGGGUUCAACGGCUCUCUCUUCCACCACCUCCACCCCAUCCUCAAUUUCCCCCUCCUCCACUGUCACUAUGACCAAAGCCUCAGCUGCUGUAGCUUCUUUCAUGUCCACUUCCCCUCUGAGAGAGAAUGCCCUCUCAGACAUCUCUGACAUGCUGAGGAACCUGACAGAGAGCCAAGCAGUCUCCAAGUCCUCCACACCUACCAGCCUGUCUGAGCGCUCCGACAUUGAAGGUGCCACACAGGAGGAGACAGAAGACAUUUCACCAGCCCAGAAACGUAAAGGCCGCCAAUCCAACUGGAACCCUCAACACCUCCUCAUCCUACAAGCCCAGUUUGCUUCCAGUCUGAGACAAACAAGUGAUGGCAAGUACAUGAUGUCGGACCUGAGCCCACAGGAGAGAAUGCACAUCUCCCGUUUCACAGGCCUCUCGAUGACUACAAUAUCCCAUUGGUUGGCUAAUGUCAAAUACCAGCUGAGACGAACUGGUGGCACCAAGUUCUUGAAGAACUUGGAUUCAGGUCACCCAGUGUUCUUCUGCAGUGACUGCGCCUCGCAGAUCCGCUCGCCAUCAACCUACGUUAGCCACUUGGAAUCCCACUUGGGCUUUCGCCUGCGAGACCUGGCCAAGCUUUCUGGAGAGCAACUGCUCAGUCAGAUAACGCACCAACACCAUCAGCAACGCCACACCAAAGGACUGUCUGAAAAACUGCUCUCUAACCUUCACCCAUCCAGCCACCCUCUACCCUCCUCUCUUCCCACAUCCUUAUCCUCUUCUUUACCUAUCUCCCUGCCCUCGUCUUUAACCACCCCUCUGCCCUCGACUGAAUCCCCAUCACCCUCCCCCGAAGACGACGACAACAGUGGGUCUGUGUACCAGUGCAAGCUCUGCAACCGGACUUUUGCAAGCAAGCACGCGGUUAAGCUUCACCUGAGCAAGACUCAUGGGAAGUCCCCCGAGGACCAUCUCAUGUAUGUGUGUGAGCUGGAGAAACAGUAGCACUGGCUGGGGACAAUGCUACACUCUUUCAUAAUGUCUCACUCUUUCUUGUUCUGUCUCUCUUAAGCCUUUCAUGGACAUUUCUUUCAAAGAGAAGAAAGGACCAUUUACAUGAUGGAACUGCACAAAGAUGCCAUACAACUACUGCUUUGAGUUUUGGCACAUGGUUUUACAUUUUGUGUUGUAGCAGUUGAUUUUUUCUUUUGUUUCUGUGUGAGGUAGACUCACUCUGGCCCGAGACACUUGAUUUUAGUGCUUUCCUUUGACAGGAAUAGAGUGACUUUCUCAAAACGUGCAGAUGGGGGCUGUUGACAUUGAGAAGAUACAGUAUAUGAAGGUUUAAAAAAAGAGAUUCUAAAAUGAAGUGGUGAUGUAUUUUGAAACUUGUGUAAAUGGAAUUAAGUUCCUUUAUAUUUUGGCAUCACUGGGGUGUUAUAAGCUGCAUGCAUAAACGAAACAAUUUAGUUGAACAUUUUAUAACUAAAUCUGGUGCACUUUCCAUGAUUUUUUUUUUUUUCGCUCGCUCUGUCUUUUUUUUCUAUAACAUUUUUUGUACUGGAGUCAGCAUUUAAAAUUUAACCCUCUGAGUACGUCAAAGCACUUCUACACCUAAGAUCCAAACACUAUUGACAUGAGAUUUGAUAUUGGGAAUUACUGAAGCUAUUGUGUGAAUUAGAUGGACAACAUGUGCAUUGUGUCUGCAAUGUCUGUUUCCCAGACAUGUGUUGAGUCUAAUCCUUGACAUGAAAGCAUUUUUAAAAAGGAGAUUCUCUAUUCAGUGCAAGGUUUUCAUCUUGGGCUUAAUCUAUGUGAUAAAAAAAAAGGAAAAAAAAACUUAAGUCUUUUACUUUGGUCGAUCAGGGACCUUUAUUAAUUCAGGUCUGUGUAAAAUAUGUAUAUAAAACAUAUUAACUAAUUCCUGUCUAAAUUAUGCAUCAUUUCUAUAUUUUUAAUUUAAAAGAAUUAUGACUGCUGGUGCACAGUAUAUGAAGACAUUAAUAAAAUUGUUUUGCACAAUAGUUUUAUAAAUGUUAUUUAAUCAAAUGAUACAAAAAAGGGAGGUAGCAAAAGGAUGACAACAGGUGAAUCUUUUUAUUCCCAACUCGUGCUCAAAGGGUUAAAGACUCUUUUUACCAGACACUACUCAACAUGUGCCGCUGUAUGAACACUAAAAAGAUAUUAAAGGUUGUAAAAAAAAAAAAGAUGUUACUUUAUGAAGAAAUUUCACAUGUAAUCUGUUAUUUAUAAGCACUCUUGGUUGUUUCAUAUCGUUGAAUGCCUUUUCGAUUGGUCCUAUUUUUUUGUUCUGUCUAAUUACUCUGCCAUGAUUCCACACUGCAGCUUUAUCUUUUUGGGAUAUGAAAGGUAACCAUGGUUACACUAACCUCUUGAGUGACAAGUUCUGCUACAUUUUUGGCAGUUAAUUUGCUGAAGUAACUGACAGCUGCCAGUGUAGAGAAAUAAAAAAAAUCCUUAUGUGUAAAAUAUCGGCAUGUAAACAGCACAGAUACUGUUAUGCAUUCUGUGCCGUUAGUGUUUUCAUUUCGUUCUUUCAUUUUAUGUUGUUGUUGUUCUUGACAAUGAACCCCCAUUAUAUGACUUCAUAUAACCUUGUUUUCUACUGCAGCAUUAAAAAAAGGAACCUGUUUUUUGCAA